AUGGCUGAGCUCAACCUGGCCAAGCAGCGCACCGCGGACCGGGUGGCGCGGGAGAAGGUGAUGGCGACCGUGCAGACCACGAAGCGCCAGGACAGCUCCAAGGAAACCGCUGGCUCCGGCUCGGUGCCCUCGAUCCAGCGCCAGCCCACGAACGGCACCUUGGAAGGCGGAGAGAGCGUGAUGAGCUCACACCUGAGUUUGAACAAGGACGAGGAGGAGGAAGAGGAGGACGAUUUGCAGCAGGUGGAUGUGUCUUCCUCCUCGGAGGAGGAAGUGUACAAGCACCUUGGCUCAGAUGUUCGGGUUCGGCCCUCGCAGAAACUUGCGAACUGCUGA